GCGCCUCUCCCCGCCCCCGCGGGCCCGGCAUCCUCCGCGGGGCAAGAUGGCCGCGACAGGGACGGCGCCGGGGCUGACGGGGCGCUAAACCGUACGCCCCGCGGCCUUUCCCGAGGGCCGUGCGGGUCCGAAGAAGUGAGCUCACAGCCCAGUCCAACAAAUGCGUGUUGGCCUUUCUUGCCGUCGCCAUGGGGACGUCCCAGUAAUGCCUUUGCCCUGAUAGGCAGUCCCAGCAUUCCGCAGCCCUGACCCGGAACCUUCCGGAGGGCUGCAGCGUAAGCGCUCCGACCGAGGCACGAGGCCAGUCGAGCAAGUCCCUCUGUCCCGACAGGCGCGACCCUGAGCGCUCCAUGCCUGUGGGCGGAGGGAGGGGUGGCCUCCCCCAGGGCAGCCACCUCUGUUGGUUGCUCUGCGCUUUCACUUUAAAGCUCUGCCAAGCCGAGGCUCCUGUGCGGGCGGAGAAGCUGUCAGUGAGCACCUCAAAUUUGCCGUGCUGGCUGGUGGAAGAGUUUGUGGUGGCAGAAGAAUGUGCUCCGUGUUCUAAUUUUCAGGCUAAAACCACCCCUGAGUGUGGUUCCACAGGGUAUGUGGAGAAAAUCACAUGCAGCUCAUCGAAGACGAAUGAAUUCAAAAGCUGCCGCUCAGCUCUGAUGGAACAACACUUAUUCUGGAAAUUCGAAGGGGCCAUCGUGGGUGUGGCCUUGGUCUUCGCUUGCCUUGUCAUCAUUCGUCAGCGACAGCUGGACAGAAAAGCUCUGGAAAAGGUCCGGAAGCAAAUCGAAUCCAUAUAGCUACCUUCCCCUCUUCGAUAGGGGUCUUAGGGAUUGUACCUCAGACACAGACAGUAGGAUGAACGGACGUGUGCCCUUCGUUCUUGAGAACUUGUGGUGGCACCUCCUUCUCUGUGUCUUGUGUAGAUCAUUAAUAAGCAAAAUAUAGAAUUUUCUUCUCUAUUAUAAUUUGGUUUGGGACAGGAAGUCCUGGUGGCAGAAAUGGGAUAGGAACUUUAGACCCCAGUUUACCAACUACCUAUCUUCCCCUUCUUCUGGUACUUACUUAAAAUUUUCAGGAUAUAAUUUCAGCAAAAAAGUUUAUUUCUCAAUAAACCAAAACCUCUGUUUUCCCCCAACCCUAACCCCAAAGAAAAAAUAAAAUUGCAGAUGUAUAACAAAA